GGAAGAGAAGGCGGUCUCUCUCUCGGCCCGGCCAUCUUGUGGGGACGAGCUGAAGCAGGCGCCGUCGGCUCGGCGCGGCCCGCUGCAAUCCGUGGAGGAACGCGCCGCCCGGGCCCCAUCAUGCCCGGCCACCUGCAGGAAGGCUUCGGCUGCGUCGUCACCAACCGGUUCGACCAGCUAUUUGACGACGAAUCGGACCCCUUCGAGGUGCUGAAGGCGGCCGAGAACAAGAAGAAGGAAGGCGGCGGCGGCGGCGGCGGGGGCGGCGGCGGGCCCGGACCCAAGAGCGCGGCGCAGGCCGCGGCCCAGGCCGGCGCGGGCGGCGGCGGCGGCGGCGGGGGCGCGCCCGGGAAGCCGCUGCGCAAGGAGUCGCAGAAGGACCGCAAGAACCCGCUGCCGCCGCCCGCCGCGCCGCCCAGCGCGGCCGCCGCCAGCGCCGCCGGCUCGGUCUCGGCCGCCGCCGCCGCGGCCGACAAGAAGGACGAGGCGCCGCCGCCGCCCGCCGCGCUCAAGAAGGAAGGGAUAAGACGAGUUGGUAGAAGGCCUGACCAGCAACUUCAGGGUGAAGGAAAACCAAUUGACAGGAGACCGGAAAGGCGACCACCUCGUGAGCGACGAUUUGAAAAAUCUAUUGAAGAAAAGGGUGAAGGAGGAGAAUUUUCAGUUGACAAACCUGUUAUUGACCGGCCGAUCCGAGGUCGCGGGGGUCCUGGGGGAAGAGGACGCGGUGGCCGUGGCCGUGGAAUGGGCAGAGGAGAUGGUUUUGACUCUCGUGGAAAGAGAGAAUUUGAUAGGCAUAGUGGAAGCGAUAGAUCUUCUUUCUCACAUUCGCAUUUCAGUGGUCUGAAGCAUGAGGACAAGCGUGGAGGAAGCGGCUCACAUAACUGGGGAACUGUCAAAGACGAGUUGACAGGGGGCCCCCAAUACAUUCAGAAACAAAUGUCUUAUAAUUGCAGUGACUUGGAGCAAACCACUGUGACGGAGGAGACACCUGAAGGAGAAGAGCACCCAGUGGCUGAUACAGAAAAUAAAGAAAACGAAGUUGAGGAGGUGAAGGAGGAGGGCCCGAAAGAAAUGACCUUGGAUGAGUGGAAGGCGAUUCAAAAUAAGGACCGGGCAAAAGUAGAAUUUAAUAUCCGCAAACCCAAUGAGGGCGCCGACGGGCAGUGGAAGAAGGGAUUUGUGCUGCACAAGUCCAAGAGCGAGGAGACGAAGGGAGUGACAGAGGUGCAGGGGAGCCUUGUGGAGUCAAAUGAGGCUCACACGGAAGAAUCUGUGAUGGAUCAUCACUUCCGUAAGCCCGCCAAUGAUAUUACAUCCCAAUUGGAGAUAAAUUUUGGAGACCUUGGUCGCCCGGGACGUGGCGGCAGAGGAGGGAGAGGCGGGCGUGGACGUGGUGGGCGGCCCAACCGUGGAAGCAGAACUGACAAGUCGAGCGCUUCUGCUCCUGACGUAGAUGACCCAGAGGCUUUUCCAGCUCUGGCCUAAACUGGACGUCCUAAGCUGACCCCGGUUCCUUUGUGGACCCUCCUCCACGAGGCUUGCAUGCUUAACGAUCCUAAACGACUAAGAAAUUUUAAAAAAAAAAAAGACUGUCAUUCAUACCAUUCACACCUAAAGACUGAAUUUUAUCUGUUUUGAAAAUGAACUUCUCUCGCUACACAGAAGCAACAAUAUGGUAGUCAGUUUUGUAUUUAGAAAUGUAAUGGUAGCAGGGAUGUUUUCAUAAUUUUCAGAGAUUAUGCAUUCUUCAUGGAUACUUUUUUGUAUUGCUGCUUGAAAAUAUGCGUUUCCAAACUUGAAAUAUAGGUGUGAACAGUGUGUACCAGUUAAAGCUUUCAUUUCAUUUGUGUUUUUUAAUUAAGGAUUUUAGGUGUUUCCCUCAACUACAAACUGGUUUUAAAUAUUGGACAUCAUUUGUUUUCUUUAGUACCUGCUUUGCAGUUUGUCACAUGUGGUCAAAUGGGACACGUACACUUAAUUUGGCAAACUUGAAACACUGGAAUACUAAAACUUCCUGAAGUGUUCUGACUUAGUUUUCAUCAUUUCAGUCUCGGAAGGACUGUUAUGCUAGUAGCUGUCAUGUAUGCUAAGUGUUCGUAUACAGGCAGUAUCUGUACUUGAAGAGAUUCCAAGCACAUUGGUUGAGUCACAUGACCCUUGAUCCAGCAGUGAUGCAUGGUUCAUUAGGCAAAAGUUAGGCCUUAUUCACCCUUCCACCAUCUACACUUGGAUGUGAAACUUUUCUCUCGAUUUUAAAAAAACAAACACAAAUUAGAUUCCUUGUUUGGUAAGUUGUUUAAACUAACUGUUGGUGAGACAAAUUAUUCUGUCAUGUAAGUUGGCGGGGGUGUUAUUCUAGAGGGUGGGGUGAGAGAAGGGAUUGAUUUGGUUAAUGCAGCGUAUUUGAACUGCUACUGCAGAAUAAGUGGCCAUUCGGUAUGAUUUGUAUGUGUCCAAGGUGGAUGGAAAAAUGUGUAACUUACCAUGAUUUGGAACCCAUGUUCUGAAGAAACCAAAGGGCGCUUGCUAGCUCUAGGAGAAGGAGGGAAUGUUUUAAUUUCCUGAAAGAGAAAAGCCGACUGUUUGGAGAUGGUGGGAACUACAGCAUGCUGCCUGAAAUACAAACCAAAAACCUCUUAGUGUUUUCUGAAUUUGCUCUAUUACUUCCAUUUCUGGGAUCCAAUUGCUGACAGAUGAAUGUGUUUGUUCUCUCCCCUCCCCCCAUGAGAACUUCUCCCCUUCUGGAAAAUUAGGUUAAUCAUUUAUCCCUGUGAACAGGAGCAUCACCACUUUCUAAAGACUGAACUUGGAGUUAGCGACUAAUAAAUGCUUUUUCUUUUUGGUUUGCCACAUUUGUUAGGAUAAUAAGAAACAGGAUUUUCAUUUAAUGUUUAAUUCUUUAAACAAUUAAUUUGUAAUUUUUUAAAACUAAGGUAGUUAGAAAAAUAAUGCCCUGUUUUUAAAGAAAAAAAAAUUGUACAGGAAAGGCCGAGUAUUAGAUAACUUUGAAUAUGAAAAUAGUCUCUGGCUGGCUUGCUGUCCUAGACCUUUUCUACAGAAAAGUUACUUGUACAAGAGUAUUAACACACGUGUAUUGAUUCUUUAAUGCAUUCACUUCAUUUACUCUCUAGAAAGGAGACUACAGUACAGUAAGGAAGUAAGUUUUCACUUGUGAGUGAUCUUUCUGUGCUGGCGUUAGUCUUGACACUUAAGCUUGUUCUUUCUGUAUUGGUGCUAACAUAGAACAAUCUCCUUGCAGUACCUGAUGUCAAAAGGUGUAACUAGAAAUCCUCUGGGCUUGCACGGCCAUAGACAUAUCAGUGUGGUGUCCUCCCUCCUUAGGAACAUGGUCUAGUGGCCCAGCGACUCGCUGACUUUCCAAAGCACAGCGGUCUCAAACUGCUGGUCAUUCAGAUAGCACUUUCUCCUUUCCCAGCUUUGUUGGUUACUGUUUUCCUGGUCACCUUAGCCCUUCAGACUUCUAGGAUGCAAGCGAAUAAAGGCUUGAAUCAGUGGUUCUGUCCCAGAAGGAACUUCCCUGUUGACAAACCAGACCACAGAGCAAUAUUUGGGUUAAUAUGUCACAAACAACGAUUUUCAAGCCAGCGUGUACUUUAAAGUUGAUCUGUUUCUCUGAUAGAUGUAAAUUUGCCUCUUGGUUCAUUUUGUGUCGCGCUAAAACUGUGAACAUAAUCUCUUUGGUGGGUGAAAACUGAAAAUAAAGGUUUAUUUUCAUGCUCUCUUUAAAAAA